CUUGAACCCAGGCUGGAAGCGGCAGGAGUUUCUCCACAUCAGAUCUCUCCAAGAAGUCAUUGCUCUGGUUUUGAGGAGAGAGAGGUGUGCUUUGUGAGGUGUCCCCAGCCUAGUGACAGUGGAUGUGACACUCGUGGAGAUCACAAUCUUGAACUCAAGUUGAAGUCUUAGGGUAACUGGCAAUCAGUGACUUUAGAGCUUGGGACACUGGGAGACGUCCAGCAAGAUACCGUUGCGUCUCAGCAAAGACUGAUACAAGUGGCGCACAAAUCGUCAUUGGUGCAGACCCAUCUCAUCAUGGCGAGAUUCUCCAACCGCAUCAUGCUCUCCAUAUGCUUCUACAUGAUCGUAUCUGCGAUCCGACUUGCUCGUUGUUCAAACAUCGAGACCGAAGAGCGACCAAGUGACCGCUUUUCCAGCAGCUCGCCUUCAUUGCGACUGGAGGAGCGCUCCGCGCACGGAACGGCUAGAGUGCCAGGCAACAACAACCACAAUUCAUCGCCGUCGUCUGUCAAAUCCUCGCCUCACUGCUUACCAACAAUGCCAACUGUUCGUCAAUGCUGCACGCCGUCGGUGCGGCGAAGCUGCCGUCUGAUGGACGAAUGCAGGAGCAGUAUGUGCGGCUCAGGACAAAUCCCGAUAGCAUGCUUGGGUCUCAUUGGCCAGCGAGGGCCACACCAAUGCUAUGCCAGUCACAGACCGUUCUUCGUCAUCGUCAGGCAGGGCGGCUACGGAAUCUCGGUUGGCCGCGGAUUUACACCCCAACUGGACCCAGCAGACGUGCGAGCUGUGUCCACGCUGGCGAUGACUGACUUGACAGACGUGGAGAUCAACCUCGCCGAGCUGGAGGCGGUGGGUAGCUCUCCAACCAUGUUCAAAGCGACAGUCCACGCACAGGGUGCUAAAUCUGUCUGCGCCCAGCAACGAGCAAAGUUGAAAGUCCGAGCCAUUUGCAUCAAUAACGGAGACUGGAGUAAAACGGACCGGGCUCUGCGCUACGACUCUACCGAGACGUCGCAGACACUGAACGUUGAACUGCACGGGUGCACAAAACUACUGCUCAAAACCACGCUGGUGGUGAACUCUCGCAUGACCUUUGCACUACGCCGUGCUUGCUAUGCGCUGUGGACGGAUGCCGUCAUCAUCGCUCCUCGACAAGAAAAUCCCUGCGACUUGGUUUGCAACCAAACGGAAACCGUUGCGCUUACCUGCCUGAAUGUGACAAGGAAAGUCUUACCUCCGCUGCCGUCCACCCACUCAACGUUUCCGUCUGAUGCAGCCGACGACAGCGGUAGACCAAGUAUCAGCGAAAUCAAACCCUACUCCAGCUUUUCUGACAGCCAACAACCGGUCCGUUUGCGACCAGAGGGUAAAAUGGCUGGCGAUAUUUCCCUACCACUGGAUGAGAAUCAGCCUCGGGCAGCAUAUGCAGUGGAUAUACACGCAGCGAGGCGCUUGGGCAAGAAGUUCGAUUUUCUUUCGAGCCAGCUCAUGGUGAGAUUGAAGCAGCGCGGCUACCCGGAGAGCUGUGAGCCAACCGCGCUGGAGGCAGUGGUCGAUUUCGAAGUCCUCGUGAACAAGAGAUCGAUCUGGCAAAGACGUAUGGCCGUCAAGAGUAGCACACUGGACCGGAACGUGAGUGUGAGCGACAUUGGCAGCUUUGCGCUGGACGUCUGGCAAGUGCGCACCCCGCGCGCAGUGACGCUCAAGGCAGAGCUGAAGUCGCUGCGCCACGCCGGCAACUGUUCGUUGGGAAUCCUCGCUGUGUUCAAAUCACCACAGCUGAAGCGUCAGGUGAAACCACCGCAGUUCUUCGCCUCCUGCAAACAGAACUGCCUUGACAAACAGCAGGCCGGCGACGGUACCAUCUAUCUAAGUUGUUUCCUGGGCAUGAGAAACAAACAACGCCCAAGCAACUUCUCCUGCACGGGAACAAUCACGGGGAGAAACAAUAGCUUCAUGAAGGUGAGCACGAACGGUGGCAAGGGUCGGAUCGGAGUGGACAGAGCUGGCCCCUGGACGAGCAAGCAUCAGCUUGUGACGUUGAUCACACCUCACACCCGGUCCAACAUCACUGAGUUCCAGCACGCCAUCGGCGCUCACCCGAACAGCCGCGUCGUGGCCAGCCUGACGGCGUUCCGGGAGACCGGCCAGGCGUUCAAUACGUUCAGUGCCGUGAUCGGCCUGGACGUGCGAUCCGGCUGCUCCACCAGACACCUGAGCAGCGUGCGCUUCGAGGUCUGGUUGGACAGGAAACUGCACUACUUUGCGGAGGUCAGCCACGCCUGGGCGACCAAAGAGAUCAAUAUAGACGUGACCAAUGCACUAGAGUUGAUGCUAGUAACGGCCGAGGGUCGGCUGCAUAGGAGAUACUCGAACUGCCGACCCGCCGUCUGGGCUAAUGCAAGACUCGCAAAACUAUCGCUGGCUGAAAGCUAGCUGAUUGGAGUGCAUAUGUGCAUGCUUGUAGACGAUGUUCAGUUGAUGUUGCGUUCUAACUUAUUCCUUUAGUGCUAACAAUGCACCCAUCUGGCGGCAGCCUCAUGAGCUAUAAAGACUCAGAACAAGUACCCCAAGCUUUCAAGGCAAAUAGCCCUGGCCUCCUUCUCCUCCUCCUCCUGUCAUAACAUGCCCCGCAUGGAGACGGAGACUGCCCGCGACAAUCAACCCACCUUUUUGCUCAGUAUUCUAAUGUGUGCGAUAUGACACAAUCACAACAGCUAUUUCCACGUUGAAAUUUACACUAAAAAUAAACAUACGCAUACCAUCCGGGUAAACAAAUCCAGUCGCAUCGAGCAAAUCGUUGAGUAUCUAUACCGGCAUUGCAGGUGUAUUGCCCUUUAUAGACUGGUCAUGUCCUGAACAAAAUUCUACAAAAUUCUACCCCCCCCCCCCCCUCAUCCAUGAGCCUUGACAACUUUAUCACCAUCUCCAUGGUAUUCAAACUGUUUCAAAGACAUAUUUACCUAAAGGGUGUUGUUUUCCUCAUGAUGAACUCUAUUGCCUUUUCAUGUCAAUUGCGACCACGAUGUGUAAUGCAACACUAUGCUAGACGUUAUGUCAUAACGAAAGAAUGCUCUUUCUCGCCU